AUUGUUUGAAGAUGGAAUGGGAGAUGAGUUUGAAAAGUGGGGUGAAGAAAUCAUAUGGAAUAAUGAAAAACAUGUAACUUUGGAUUUGGAGAAAUUGUGUAUAAGAGGAGUAGUGAAAUUGUGUUAAUUCUGUGUUUGAGUAAAAUUUUCUAUUAGUAGGAGUCUAGUUAAAUUGUAUUUGAGUACAACUGUGUUAAUCUAUGUUUGAGAGAGAGUGUUUUCGCAUGUCAAUUCGAUUGAAUCUUUGAGUUCAGUCUAUUUGAUUGGGUCUGUUUAGAUCUAAUCUAGUCAGGUUUGAUCUGAACUGGUGUAAUACAUGUUUGUUCUAUGUGUACCUUGGAACUGUCGAAUUCUGACUUGGUUUGAUCUAAUAAUCUUCCUUGAUAUGUUCUAUGUGUACUUUUGUUCAUUAUAAGACUUUUAGGUUUCAAAUUUUCAUGGCAAUGGUACAUAAAUGAAAGAAUUACUUUAAAUACAUUAGUUCAGGUUAUAAUGUUAUUGUUUUAACAUACAUCAGUUAUAUCUUCAAGAGAAAUUGAGAUCUAUUAGAAUGUGAUAUUAUCCAAUAAUUCUACAAUGUGUGCACGUUGCCUUUUGAGAAAGUCAACAUCAAAGGUUUAUGUUGCAAUACAUGUUCGGGCAUUCCAUGUUCGGGGGUCAGUAAUAUUUGUUUCAAAAUUUCAAACAUUCAACCCGUCUCAUAAAAUUAUUCGCGAUUUGACUUGGAUCGGAGUUUAAUUAAGAAAGUGAAUAAAGUGAAAAUGUAUAGUUGUGGUUGAGUAGGAAAAAGAUAAAUUAAUGUUAGUCGCACAAAGCUUUCCAAAAAGGAAAAUGUAAUGAAUUUUUUGGGACGUUCCAAAAAGGUAAGUGGAAAGAAUUUUAAGGGACAUGAAGAGUAUUUGAUAUAAAGGAUGCAUAUAUCUAUGAAUUAGAAUAUGACAGUAUAUUCUAUAUUUCUAAUUAAGAUAAUUGAGCAUGAGCUAUGUCUAUGUAAUUGAUAUGUUACCGACAAAGUUUUACGUGUAAACCUGCUCUCUCAAUUAUAAACUUAUAUAUAGUAUGAAUCAUAUGAUAAAUUAUGAAAAUUUGAGUUUACAAAUAUAGUGAUAUCUUGAAAGUUGUAUGGGUACAACCUAAAAAUCAGAAAAUGAUUACCAUACCUAUAGGUUAGGCAAUUCUAUUCUAACUCAAGGGAAUUGAUUAGAGUUAUUAAACUAACCCAUAGGUAUGAAAAUGGUCACUUGGAGGUAUUAAACAUAUUCUUACCUUAGGGAAUUGCUUUAUUAGCCCCCUAAAUUUACUAAAGCUAACCCAUGUAAGAAAAAUUUAUCCUUUUUAAUCUUCUUUUACUAAAAGUGCUUCUCAUAACAUUUUAGCGAGUUUUUCUCUUAGUCUUUAAUUUUCUUUUUGGAAUUUUUCCAUUUUUAUUUUAUGGGUCAGGUUUUAUGUCUCCCAUACUUUUAUUUUCUCAUUUGCUAUGUUGUCUCAUGUAUUUCGAGAAAGUAUUCCUUCUUGGAAGAGGUUUUGGCCUAGUCCCCUUCUUCUCUUGUACAUUUAUUUUUUAUCUAAUAAAACUCGGUAAAUGUUCUCUGACAUUUAUCCCAUCAAUGAAUGGCUAGCGUAUCGGGUUAAAAAUAUCGAGUUUUUUCCCUCAAAAUAAUGCUAAAUAAUUUUUUUUUGCAAAAUCAAGAUUGAUUUAAAAAAAAUCUCAAAAAACUAUUAACUCUAGUUAACUACAACCACCAACUAAGUUUUUUACUUUCUCCAAAAAUCUGAUGUUUUUCACAAGCGAAGCUAGCAGACUUCAUGUUGAAAAUCAUUUCAUGGGAGCCCCAAACAAAAAAACCACUCUAUUUUUUAAUAUGCCUUUGUUGACACUUUCAGUCAAUAAAUAAAUUGUCUCCUAAUUUUUUUCCCCGAAGCAAACCACCGUAGGUGGAGGAAAUUACUCUUAAUCUUAAAGCUUGGAUCUAUUUUUAAAAAAUGAGCCUAAAAACUUCAAUCAUUGGUAUAUUCAAAAUUCUCUUUAUUUUUACAUAUGUAAUAUUGGUUUCAUAUGAAAGAUAAUAAAAAUUGAUGAAUUUUGAUACUUUUUAUAAAAAUCAAAUUACAAAUCAAAAAGUUAUAUCAGUUUAAAAAAAGAUUAUUUUAGUAGCUAGGAGAUUCAUGAGUUGAGUACAAUUCUAAUUUCUACUGGCUGACUAGUGUCUUUAUGUUUUCUGAUUUGAUUCAAUUUGAGUGGUUGUUUUUAAACAAUUUUUUAGAACUUAAUAUGUUUUUAUUGACACUUUCAGUCAAUAAAUAAAUUGUCCCCUAAUUGUAACAUGACAUUACUCUAUAAAAUCAUGAGAUGUUAAUUUUAAAGCUUGGACCUAUUUCUUUUUUUAAAAAAACUCCAUCUAUGAUAUAUUCAAAAUUCUUUUUUAUUUUUACAUAUGUAAUAUUGGUGUCAUAUAAAAGAUAAUAAAAAAUCAUGAAUUUUGAUAUUGUUUUUAUAAAAAUCAAAUUACAAAUAACAAAGUUAAAUCAAUUUUAAAAAUCGAGAUUUUUUUGUUGGAGAUUCCUGAGUUGAGUACAAUUCUAAUUUGUAAUCUACAUAGUAGAAUACUUCCUAAUUGUCAAAAUGAAAGUCUAGAAUGCUUCGUAUACAUCCUAACGUAGUACGGAGUAAUAACAAAUUCUAAUAACAAUUCUAAUUUCUAAUCUAGAAUAUUAAAGAUUUGCUUAGAAAAUGACACAUGACAAAACUUUUCAUAAUUGUAUUUCUCGAAUGUAUUAUCUAUGGAUAAAUAUAUUAAUAAACAAUUUAAAAACAAUUAACUAUUCUUGACCGACUCGACCAAGGCCCAACCACGAUUUGACGGACCUGUGAGCCUUCUUCCUUGUUGACUGGUUCCUUCCUCCCUUCCUUCUUCAAUGAUAAGUUCGGUUAAUAGAACAACCCAUUGGCAUUAAUGUGAAAAGAUCCCAUCUUUUCCUUCUCCUCUGUGUUUCGUCAAUCUUUCCCGGAUUUUGCUCCCAAACACACAUCUUCCCCACUCAGUACCCAUUCUUUUUCCAUUUGGGCGGCCAACCCUUGUCCCACUCUUGUCCCUCACCAUCUCUAGCACUUGCCCAACCUUGCUGCUCACUCCCCCGACACCUUUCCUUGACUUUGUCCCAAUUUUGUGCAAUAGUCUUUAAGAAAAAGGACACCUCUUGUUUCUUCACUUGGCUUGUGCUCCUUCAUAUAAUACCCCCACCCCCAUUCCAGGUUUGCAUCAUCCAUUCAUUCUCAUACUUUAUUGGACAUUCGAAAAGCAGAGGCUUCUCCCAUCUCUCGGAUUCUCAAUCUGUCCUAUACUGGCCGAGAUAUUAAACCAUCUGUUCUUUCUGGAAAUUUUCUGGGUUUUCUCUUAAAUCUUGAUUCUUGGAGUUCAAGAUUCUUUCUUUUUUAAGGAAUUGGGGAAAUGGAAGGGUGUGUGGCACAUCAUGAUCAUGAUCUGAACCUCAAAGACACAGAGCUCAGGCUUGGGUUGCCUGGCACAGAAGAAUGUGUUAGGGAAUUGGUGUCAAGUGCCAACAAGAACAAGAAGAGAGCUUUACCAGAACCAACUGAAGAGGAUUGUGAAUCAAGAUCUGACUGUGAUGCCCACUCCUCAAUACCUGUUUCCAAGGCUCAGAUAAUUGGGUGGCCACCAGUGAGAGCUUACAGGAAGAACAGUGGGCAGCAGCCAAAGAAUGGAGAUGAGGGCUGUGAUAGUGCAAUGUAUGUUAAAGUCAGCAUGGAUGGAGCCCCUUACCUCAGGAAAAUUGACCUGAAAAUGUAUGAAAGCUAUCCACAAUUGUUAAGAGGUCUGGAGAACAUGUUCACACUCACCAUAGGUGACUACUCUGAGAGAGAAGGCUACAAAGGAUCAGAAUAUGCCCCUGCUUAUGAAGACAAAGAUGGUGAUCUGAUGCUUGUUGGAGAUGUCCCUUGGGAAAUGUUCUUGUCAUCAUGCAAAAGGCUAAGAAUAAUGAAAGGGCAAGAAGCAAGAGGACUGGGCUGUGGAGUUUGAGAAAUAUGAUGGCACACUCCAAACAAUCCAAAUGCAGCUAAACUAUCAAUCUGUUGAAAACAGCAUCUCUCUGCAGGGAAGAGAGAAUCUGCUAAAAUGGGUUCUCAUUAAAGAACCCUUCCUUAGUCAUAAUACUUUUUUGUUUUUGUUUUCAUGUAUAACUACUAGCUGGAAAUCAUGGUGGUAUCAGGAUUCAGGACCACUUGGUGUUCUUGUUCUCGAUUUUGUGAAAUGAUAUAGAUAUAUAUAUAUAUAUACACACACAAACGGUGAGAAGGUUACUUCUGAAGCAAUUGUAUACCGAAACAAGUUUCUUAUUUUACUUUGGCUCAUUAGUUUUUUGUUAUUUCUCCAUUACGCUUUGUACAAUAUUGUCUCAACCUGAAUAUAUGUUGAUUGAGCAAAAAUGGUUGUGCAUCUUCUAUAUGCCUCUUUUUCUCAGUUUGAGAUGCCAAUAAGAUGUCUGUAAAUAUGAAUUGAAGCCUAAUUAUCUAUACUUUAAUAGUUU